AUGCAGAUACUUGAAGGAGGGGCUAGGCCUCGAUGUAUCUCAAUUUGCGCCAUUGCCAUUGCCUUUGGGCCGGUAGAUGGUAUCCCCUUUUGCCACAGAGAAUCUCCGAUCCUAGGAAGGCUUCAAACGCUGCGCGGUGUUCUUCGAAGCUCUGCCGAGAGAUACGAGAUAUGCCAACGAUCACUACAGCCAGUUCAACUCAAAGGGAUAUUGCAGUGGCUUCAGAAGUCUUCCGGUCUUCUCCUAAUUCUGCCAAGGGGUGUCCACUAUGAGUUUCCGCAGCUAAUCAUAAAUACCCAAGCUACUGCUGUAGGAUCUGGCGUUGUUCAACCUGUUUAG